CAUAGCAGCACGGGGAUCUCGCCAGCUCAAUUGCUGAUGGGACGCCGAUUGCGCUACACGCUACCGUCUGCUCCAGGCCAUCUCCAGCCUGAGACUAUAUUCAGAGAUGCUGUCGUGUCUCGAGACAUUCAAAACAAAACAGAUCAAGCAUCAACUUACAACCGACAUCGAGGCGUUCGUACACUCCCACAGCUACUUCCAGGAGAUUAUGUUCUUGUAUGGAAUGCAGACCAGAAACAAUGGCGAACUCCAGGACAAGUCAAGAGGCAAAUGAAUGGAAGGUCAUACCAGGUGGUCCUACCAGGAGGAUCGGUAAUCAGAAGGAAUCGUCAUCAGUUGAAAUUCCGUCGUCAUUCUACUCUUAAACGUCAAUGGGAUAGUUGGCCAGCGGAUGUCGAUACCACGUUUCAAGAUGAAGAAAGAUUGCCAGAAAAUGCCGUUGCCGGAGGUGAAGAUGUCGACAACCCCCGUGUUCAAGCGAGACAACCCCAGGUUCAAGUGCCCCCGACGACUACGAGAUGUGGACGAGAAGUACGCCCUCCGGCCUGGCGAAAAGACUAUGUUUCGUGACGGCGUUUUGAACUGUUGUGUUGUGUUGGCGCUUUGAGAAAAAGGGAAAUGUAAUGAACAGUACGCUUGGGAAUGGGUAGCGUACGUUAGAAAAAGGGUGUCAAGUAAUUACCUCGUGUUUUCUCGGUCUGUACCUAGUCUGUAGUGAUUUACUUUACAAUACAACCCGUAGCUUGGAACGGA